AUGGCAAAACACGUGGAGUACCCCACGCGCAAGCUAGAUCUACUAGCCGGCAUUGCGACGAUCGUUGACGAUCUAGAAUGUCAUGCGGCUGUAGCGUUUUUCAAUGGCUAUAGAUACAGCGAAGAUGUCGUAGCGACAUAUGAAUUGCCAAUCCGGGCGGACGUUUCCGGCCAAAUUGGAAGCACCAGAACGGACAUUUUGCAGCGUCUUAUCGAUGUUUUGGAGAAUCUUCAGACCAAGAUCCUUGAAGCCAAAGUGGGCUGCAAUGAAGCAUGCCGAGCUAUGCUACUGGGGAGUUUAUUGCAAGGAAUGAAGAAGUCGGGCAUCUACCCACGCCCUUCAUUGCCAUUCCCUGAGCUAUCCCUCGACGUUCUUCUCGCGUCGUUAACAAACGGUCAGCCCAAACCUACACAAGCUGGGACCAAUACUGCUUCUGGAUCAACACCUCAGCGUACUGCCGGCUUGAGUGGCCCCCCUCAGUCUUCCAGGAGUCUUUUUGGUGCCCCUACUGCUCCUCAGAGCACCAAUACUUCUCGAGCGCCUUUCAACUUCAGUGGCCCCUCUCAUUCUUCCGGUAAUCUCUUUGGUACAUCUACUGUGCCUCAGAAUAUUAUUAGUCCUCGAGAAUCUUCCCAGUCUGGAACUGGUGGUUUGUUUGGUGGUAAGGCUAGUUCCAAUGCUGUUCCUAAUCCUCCAACGGCAGAAAGCCCAGAACAGCCUGGAACUCUUGUUAAGCAUAACUAUCGCCUGAAGGAUCUUAUUGGGCCCUUGAUAAUGGCAGCCGAAAAGGAAAUCACAGGGCUGAAACUUGCAGACUUCCCUCGACCGUAG